UAAACGUGCCAUCCAAGUGCUAACCAUUAAAACGAGAUACGAACGGCGUUAUAAAUGAAAGAAAAAGCACUUUUUCAAACCUUUUGCCUUUUCUUCCUCACAAAAAUUCUAGAGAAUAAACAUACUAAUCUUAGAAAAAAUUAGAAUGUUAGUGUCAUUGUUUUUACAAUAACAAAUAUUUUCGAAAUUUUGGAGUACUAACAAUAAUGGGUUCAGAUGGAGGACAUUCGGAAAAUGUGCAGAGUUCACGGUUUGUUGCCACGUGGCUGGUGGGAGGAGUGGUGUUAGGGUUAUCAGUGUUAGGGUUAAGUUUUGCUUUACCAAAGAAGAAGAAGAGACCCAUAAGGGUAUAUAUGGAUGGUUGUUUUGAUAUGAUGCAUUAUGGACAUUGUAAUGCGUUAAGACAAGCUAGGGCUUUAGGUGAUCAGUUAGUUGUUGGUGUUGUUAGUGAUGCUGAGAUUAUUGCUAAUAAAGGACCACCAGUUACUCCUCUUCAUGAGAGGAUGAUUAUGGUUGGCGCUGUUAAGUGGGUGGAUGAAGUCAUCUCUGAUGCCCCCUAUGCUAUUACUGAAGAUUUUAUGAGGAAACUAUUUGAUGAGUAUAACAUAGACUAUAUCAUUCAUGGGGAUGACCCUUGUCUUCUUCCUGAUGGAAGUGAUGCUUAUGCCCUUGCUAAGAAAGUUGGUCGCUAUAAGCAGAUCAAGCGCACGGAAGGAGUUUCAAGCACUGAUAUCGUUGGUCGAAUGCUUCUUUGUGUGAGAGAGAGGUCCUCUGUUGACUCCCCCAGUCAUGCCUCCUUGCAGAGACAAUUUAGCCAUGGUCACAGCCAAAAAUCUGAAGAUGUAGGCGGGACACGCGUAUCUCAUUUUCUUCCUACAUCUCGUAGAAUUGUACAAUUUUCCAAUUCGAAGGGAGCUGGACCUGGUGCUCGCAUAGUCUAUAUUGAUGGUGCGUUUGAUCUUUUUCAUGCUGGACAUGUAGAGAUACUAAGGCUUGCUCGAGGACUUGGAGACUUUCUACUAGUAGGCGUUCAUACUGAUCAAACUGUAAGUGCCAAUAGAGGUGGACACCGUCCAAUUAUGAAUCUUCAUGAAAGGAGCCUAAGUGUUUUGGCUUGCCGCUAUGCUGAUGAAGUGAUUAUCGGUGCUCCGUGGGAGGUGUCAAAAGAUAUGAUAACAACCUUUAAUAUCUCUUUAGUUGUUCAUGGAACAGUAGCUGAGGACAAUGAUUUUCAGAAGGAGAAGGGUAACCCAUAUGCUGUACCAAUUAGCAUGGGCAUUUUCAAAGUUUUGGAUAGUCCUUUAGAUAUUACAACGAGCACAAUAAUAAGGAGAAUUGUGUCAAAUCAUGAGGCAUACCAGAAACGAAAUGAGAAGAAAGCAGCCAGUGAGAGGAGGUACUAUGAGGGAAAGAGUUACGUCUCUGGUGAUUAGUUGACUUUAACAGAUUUACAGAAUCAAGAUGAUGAAUUGUUGUGGGGCAAGAAGCUGCUUCAGAUAUGCAACUUGUAACCCCCACCCCCGACCCCCCUUCCCUUUUUUUUUUUUUUCUCUUUUAAAUUUAUGUAGUUUGAUCUUAACCUUUUAGGAGGUCCCUUGCAUCAAACUGCACACUAGUAUACAUGACGUUCUCUAGUUAAACAGAAGCAAUUUUUUGACCAAAAACAUAUGUAGGUGUGUGAGAAAUAAUGUAUCAUCAUGACAUUGAGGCUUCAUUACAGCAAGUGGACUACUUACACUUUUAUUGUAUUUUCCUCUUUUUGCAUGAACCGUAUGUCCGUCAUGCUAAUGAAAUGCGGAAUUUCCACUUGUGAAAA